AUGGGGAGGGUUGCUGCGGUAUCGGACGAUCAUACGCCAUAUUGCCUAUGUUCUUUGAAGAAAUGCUCGAUAGCCGGGGACUUCGAACUGAAGCGGAAACAGAGACGGGGGCGGGAACAGCUCUACCAAUGCGCAAAUGCGGACUACUGUGCUGAGAAGCGGAUGGUGCCGCAGGAUUACGGGAAAGGGAAUCGUCCGCGACGAGGAGGAAGAAUCGCAGGGCAGAAUGGGCGUUCGAUAAUAUUUUUGAUAUCAAUAUUUAUCGCACUUCUCACGCCUCGCUGCGCCAAUGGAGCGUUUGUCAACUUUGAAAAUUGUCUCCCCCCGUCCAUCGUCCACUCAGACCCUCUCCAGCUCCAGUUCAAGCCGAUGUAUGUCUGGGCUGUGUUGGAUAUCACUUCGGAGGCCAGAAAUCUGAAUGUGACAGUGUAUGGGAAUGUUACUGGAAUUGCAACCCAGGAACCCUAUCCUCCUCCCGAUUCUCCUAGCUGGUCCGAUCCAAAUAGCACCGUUGGGAAGAUCGUUGACGUGGAUGUAAAGAAUAAUAUGUUCUCCACGCUUUUUUCAAGAUUCGAGGUCCUCAGCUAUUCUCCAUACGUCGCCCCGGCUGAACGAUUUUGUGAUUCUUUGAUCCAGGGAGAGUGUCCCCUAGGCCCUGUUUUUGGUUCAAAUGGAACUCCACCCGAAUUACGAGCUUUUUCCGUUGCCCAUGACCUAUUCUCCUCCUAUUCUUUCACGGCCAUAACGCCUGUACUUAGAGCAACAGCUGGUGAUGCUGCUCGGUCUCAGAUUCUUUGUGUAUCUGCUGAAGUUACGCCUGUCUUAGGACCAACACUAAAUGACGUCCUUAGAUAUAUCCCCCUUGCCAUUCUCAUUCUAGUGGCGAUUGCGACGGUGUCCGCAGCCAUGUUCAGCCCAUGGGGUUCUUUGGAUCUGUUUCGGUGGACUUCCAAUUACGGACGAGACGAGGAUUUGCUGCGACUUGUUACCCCAGGAUUCGCCGACUGCCUCCAGUAUAUUCAAUUUGUGAUUCUAACCGGAUCUUUAACGUUGAAUUACCCGGGAUUCUAUCAGCCGAUUGUAAGCAGGGCAGGAUGGUCUGUCCUUAUGUUCAACCGAAGCUUUGUCAGCCAUGGAAAUAGCACAAAUCCUAUUCAGGACGGAAUGUAUGUUGUCAACGCAACCUAUGGACUAGACCGAAUGAGUCACCUGAUCGGCAUGUCGUCUGUCGAAGAUAUAUGGUCUGGGAUGGUAAUUUGGCUUCUUGUGAUUCUUGCAUGUGUCGUUUUCAUGAUCCAGCUGGGAUUCGGCCUACGGUGGCUACAUCACCAAGUCACCCAUGUACCAGAGGAAGACCUUCGCGCCAAAAAUUUACCGUUCACCAUGGGCAACGUUAUUCGCAUCGUCUUCAACUAUUUCCUUCUGCCGAUUGUAUCAUUAUCUAUGUUCCAGCUAGUAGUUACUAGCCAAUCCCCUAUUUCUACAGUGGCUUUGGCGGUUGUCCUGCUUGUUGGACUGGUUGGAUUUGCUGCUUGGCUCUUAAUUCUCAUUACGCGAACGCGCCCACGCUCAUAUAUGUUUGAUGACCUUCCGACGGUUCUCCUUUAUGGUUCUUUGUAUAAUACAUUUUCCGAUGGUGCUGCAGCUUUCUCUGUAGUAUCCGUUCUUCUCACGUUCGUUCGCGGCAUCGCGAUCGGAGCCGUCCAACCUUCAGGGAUUGCACAGAUUGUGCUUCUAGCGAUUUGUGAAGUUGUCCUUCUCCUGACGCUAUCCGCAUUCCGCCCCUUUCCGUCGCCAACAUCUAUGAACCUCUAUCAUGCGAUUUUCUCCACCAUCCGCUGUCUCACGAUACUUCUGAGUGUUGUCUUCGUUCCAUCACUAAGUGUCGGCCACGCUGCAAGGGGCUGGAUUGGUUACGUCAUCCUCCUCCUACAUGGGAUGGUUCUAGUCUUUGGAUUCUUUUUGAAUGCUAUUCAGACCUUGGUUGAGGUACUCGCCCGGCUUGCUGGUGCUGGCGGUGAGGGCGGAGUGGAGGGUGGGGCGGCAAGAGGUGGCCUUGUAAAGGUCUUUGGAAUGCGUCAGCUUUCUCGCAGAGUUCCGCGAGUACCGCAUCAUGUCCCUCGCCACAGCGCUGCCUCAGAAGUACCGAUCUUAGGCUCGGAUGGAGGGAGAAUGUCAAGCCAUGUAGAUGGUGACAGAUCUCGGAGCUUUUCUGGCAGUUCAGCACUCUUGUUAAAACGUUCUGUGGCUACCGAGAACCGUGUGAGCGCUGGUUUCGAGGCGAGUAGUUUGUACGGAGUAGGCCAUCAUCACCAGAGAAGCGGGAGCGGACCGUACACUCCUACGACUACGGGAGGAAUCUCACAUUCCACAUUCCCUGGCCAACAUUCGGGAGGCAGCGGAUCGCCACACAGCGCUUUGGCUAGUGUAAAACAUACAGAUAACAUCGGUCCUUAUUAUCGGCCCCCGAGACAUCGGCGAGCCACUUUAGACGGAAUGUCGCCUAGCAGCCGCACCCACACCUCGUGGACAAGUGGUGAUUGGACUAAUCGACGGUCAGGCAGUAAUAUGGAUGGCGAAGGGGCUGAUACGAAUGACGGUACCCCCGUCACCGGGAGCAGAACGCCUGUCCCAGCCUACCUUGCAGCUCCUAGAGACGAGUCGGAUGCGGAUAUGGACGAACCGGGCCGUUCAAGGACUGACUAUGCUGUCCGGGAGGUAGACUUUUACUAUCGCGUCCGGGGUCCUGCUCUUUCCCAUUCCGCGACGCGAAAAUUAAAAACUGGCCCUGCCGAUCCGACAGGCCCGGUAUCAUCUGCCACAGGCUGGUUCCGGGAACUCUUCCGUGGUAAAACUCGAGAAAAAGGGAAAGGAUUCGAAGUUGUUCGUAGCGCCAGAGCUCCACCACCCGGAUUGAUGCCAAAUGCCGAAGGCCGGGAGCCAUUCCCAGAACCGUAUCGAGACGAUCCCGAUACUUCAAAAUAUUCCGACUUGGGUGUAACCAAACACACCCGUCGUUCAUCGGGAUCAUAUGACACUUCUGACGAGAUAACUCAGCACGAACCAAAAUUGAAAAUGGAGCAAGCAGCCCCUACGUUACCUCCUAUCGAGGCAAGUGAAUCUAUCGAGCUUCCACGCCGAACAGGCUCCAAGAGCGACACACACGAACAAGGAAACUCCCUGACAAUCCCACCCACCAUUCCCCGCAAAAGCUCCAAACGAUACUCCGCAGUCGACAUGGCAGACCGAAUAAUCGAACCUGAGGCCGGAGCUGGACAUGGAGUGGACGUCGAAGUCGCAUCCCAACCCAUUUCUUCCGAGGAAAUUAAACAUACCGACAAUCCUGAUAUUUUUGUCCAACCAUCUUCACAACCAACCACUACUCAAGCCACUCGACUCCCCUUCAGCUCCAAACCCUCUUCAGUGCGGAGUGAGUUUGUCUCCACAAGAUCAGCCAAUUCUAGUAUUCAGAACACGACGGACGACGAAAACAACAACCAAGGGCCAAAACGGCGAAGCUCGAGGCCCUACUCGCCUUCCCGUCGUAACCAAGGCCGGCCGUCGAGCAUGGGAUUCGUUCAGAUGCAUCGGGCAAGCGAUCAUAUACACGUCACUGACACUUUGCCGUUUUCCGAAAGCACGGCGGAGAUCGUGAGCGAUCCUCCUGUUUCACCUGUUUCACCUGUCUGA